AUGACAACAAGGUCAUUGGAAACUGAGCACGAUGACGAGUGCAUGCACUACGAUUCCGAUGACGAAAGGUCCACUAUUUGCAAUUGUAGUUUUAUGGGGUUGAAGAGAAACCAGGUGAUAGAUUACAGCCCUAGCCGCAGCAACAGCAACAACAGCGAGAUAGGAGACGGAGAAGAUUCAGAGGAGCUGUUUGAAAUCAAUCUGAUGAAGGAUUCUCUGUCUUUGGAUACAAUACGAGAAGAGUGCGAGAGCACUGUGUUCUCUCUUGAUCUUGAUAUCCACAACGCCAAAUAUGAAGAUAACGUUGUUCAUGUGGCAGUGGGAAGCGAUGGAGAAUCGAGCAUGGAAGCACUUUCAUGGGCCCUGAAACAGGCAGUGACACCCUCUACCACCGUUUGUCUCCUACACGUUUUCCCUAAAGUCAAGCUCAUUCCAAGUCCCUUGGGAAGAAUUCCGAGGAGUCAUGUAAAUGCAGAGUAUAUUAACAUCCACUUAACGCAGGAGAGAGGGAAGAGGAAAAUGCUCCUUCGAAAGUUCGUUGACCUAUGCGUUGUUUCGAAGGUUAAGGUGGAGAUGAUGCUUGUUGAGGGUGACAACGUUGCUAAAGCCAUCGUGGACCUUGUCGAUAAUCUUGAUAUAAGGAAAUUGGUGAUUGGAAAAUCAAGAAAAUAUGGGUCUAGAAGGCAAAAUUGCAUAGGGGACAAGGUACUAAAAGAUGCAAAGGAAAAGUGUGAUAUCAAAAUCAUAGGCGAAGGAAGAGAAGUGAUGAUUGGUUACAGAGACAAUGGCAGUGUUUCACAGGAAAAGAAAAUUGAAGCCCGUGGAUUGGUCCCACUGAAGCGUUUAAUACUGAGUUCGUUAUGGUUAUUUAGGUCCAGAUUUUUUUAA